UGUGUAUGAGUGUGUGUGAAAGAAAGACACAGAGCAAGCAAGCUUCUCGUCGUUCCAGCAAACCCAAAGCAACAACCCAUCGCAUUCCCGUGCAUGUGUGUGUGUGUGUGUGUUUAUGUGUGUGUGUAGGUGUGCAUGGCUGACGCGAACUCUUCCUGAUGCACUGCCUGCACGGUGGUGUGUUUUAAAGCUAAAUUACGCACGCAUUCGGAAAUGCGCUUAAGGCAGCGAGCGGACUGACGCGCUGAUCUGGAGAGGAGCCAAAGCACACGCCGCAUCGAUCCGCUUUCUGUGACGCCCGCUGUUCAGAAGCGGCUCGUGAGGCUGCACAACAGCUCUCUGAAGCAAGAAAGAAAACAAGCUGUGCGUUUCUUUCUCUUUGGUUGUUUUGUUUUCGUGCACAAUGACAACGGCGUGCGUUUUAACCGAUUUUGCGCAAUUGCGCCGCGGCUCCACAACGCCGUCUUUCUGACUGCUCCGGUUCUCCGCCACACCUACCGUUCUGUCUCUCCUCCGAUCUGUCCAUACAGCACGUGCAGCCCGGGGCCACAACAGCAGCAAGCGUCUCGCGCUCGCAUACUGUGCAAAAGAAGAUAAAUAAAAGGGACGGCUUGUGUGGUGUAGUGUGUUGCGGUGUGUUGUGCAGGACAAGAAAGAGGAGGAUGUCGCCGCAUCGGGCUGUGUGAUCUGAAGACGACGCAGGUGUCAAAAAGGAGAAACCGGACUAAUUGCAUUGAAUCCAUUCAGCCCGGAGUCGCACCGCGGUGCACGCGCGCGCGCCACAGCCUCGGCUUUUAUCCCCGCCGCAUCCUGUACCACAAGAUCUAAUCGGCGACGUAGAAGUUAGCAGUUCUGGCAACCGCUAUCAUGACAACCCACACCUCCUUCCUCCUGAUUCUCCUGGCUGUUCUCCGAUUGGCUGCCUGCUCGUUUCCAGAGGAACCAGGUCCUUUAAUCUCCACCCCUGCUGAGGUUGCCAGGCGUUACCCUGUGUUUCUGGGCCGAGCUCAUCGCUCUUACAUGCGGCAGGAGCCACUGUACAUUCAGACAGUUCUGAAGGUCAACCGCACCCUGUACAUCGGUGCCAGAGAUGACCUUUACCGUGUGGAACUGGACCAUGUAACAGGGGAUGAGAUGUUCUACAGCAAAAAGCGAACGUGGGAAUCCAAUAAGAAUGACAUCCGAAUCUGCAGGAUGAAGGGCAAACAUGAGGAGGAGUGCCGAAACUAUAUGAAGGUAUUGCUGAAUCAACAUGGCGGCCUUUUUGUGUGUGGGACCAACGCCUUCAACCCGCUGUGCGCCAAUUACACCAGAGACACUCUGGAAAUGGUAGGAGAGCCCAUCAGUGGAAUGGCCAGGUGUCCGUAUGAUCCCAGACAUGCCAACGUGGCCCUGUUUGCAGAGGGUAACCUCUUCACGGGUACGGUGACGGAUUUCCUCGCUAUCGACGCUGUCAUCUACCGGAGUUUGGGAGAUAGCCCUGCUCUCCGCACGAUCAAACACGAUUCCAAGUGGUUUCGAGAGCCCUACUUUGUGAGUGCAGUAGAGUGGGGUUCUCACAUCUACUUCUUCUUCAGAGAGAUGGCGAUGGAGUUUAAUUAUUUGGAGAAGGUGAUGGUGUCCCGGGUAGCGCGUGUGUGUAAAGGUGAUCUGGGGGGCUCUCAGCGUGUGUUAGAGAAGCAGUGGACGUCGUUUCUGAAGGCGAGACUGAACUGCUCUAUUCCAGGAGACUCUCACUUCUACUUUAACCUGCUGCAGUCCACCAGUCCAAUCAUACGCAUGCACGGCAGAGACAUUAUCCUCGGAGUUUUCUCCACUCCUCCCAACAGCAUCCCUGGCUCAGCGGUGUGUGCUUUCGACAUGCAGCAGCUGGCACGUGUGUUUGAAGGGAGGUUCAAGGAGCAGAAGACUCCAGAAUCAAUCUGGACUCCUGUUCCGGAGGAGCUGGUGCCCAAGCCCAGACCUGGGGGUUGUGCUGGUCAGGGCUCCAGGUUCAGCUCUUCUACCUCGUUCCCUGAUGAGGUGUUAAACUUCAUAAAGACCCAUCCACUCAUGGAUGAAGCCGUCCCUCUGCUGGGACACAGACCCUGGAUCGUUAAAACCAUGGUCAGGUACCAGCUGAACACCAUGGUGGUGGAUACAGAGGCAGGACCACACAGGAACCGCACUGUAGUGUUCCUCGGGUCCACCAGGGGAACCGUUCUGAAAUUCCUCAUCACACCUGGUAGAGACAACCCUUAUUCCAGCACCAACGUCUUUCUGGAGGAAUUAGAGGGCUAUAAUCCUGAAAGGUGCGGCGAUGAUUCGGUCCAGGCACGCCAGCCGUUGUCUCUCACCCUAGACAGACAGAGUCAUACUCUUUUGUUAGCUUUCCACUCUUGUGUGGUGAGGCUGCCUGUAGCCCGCUGCCAACUGCAUUCCCGCUGUAUGAAGAACUGUAUCUCCUCUAGAGAUCCUUACUGUGGCUGGACCAGAGGAAGCACUUGUUCUCUCCUCAGACCUGGUACCAGACUACCAUUUGUGCAGGAUGUUGAGUAUGGGAACACUACACAUCUUGGAGACUGUGAUGGUCUGCUGCAUGAGAGUUUUACAGACGAGCCAGAGAGCCUGGUGACUCUGAAUCUGCUGGUGGUGGCAGCUGUUUCAGCGUUCUCCACUGGGGCAGCGCUCUCUGGCUUGGCCGUGUGCUGGAUUAUGAGCCAGAAGCACCGUCAUUGCUCUCGAAGUGAAUCUUCCUCCUCAGGCAGCCAGCGGAAGAGCGAAAAGGAGCGCAGCAUGCUGGGGCCAAGCACCAGUGGCUCAGUGCUGAGCGUGACAGAUCGGCCGCGCCCUCAGGGUGAAACACUCUUUGUGAUGCCCAAUGGUUGGACGAAGGCAGGGGAUCUGGACCCGGGACUGCUGCCUACACCUGAGCAGACUCCACUGCAGCAGAAACGCCCAGCGCCCUCGCUCCGCCUCUCUGACUCAGGCUCCGGCUGGGACCAGAGCCAGACCUUCCUGAACUCGGUAGGCACCCAGUGUCCUCCACCACCACCCUCCGCCAUCUUCCUCAGCUCUAAGCUCCUUGGCGACAGGCGGCAUGAAGAUGUCAUCGAGCGCCAGCGCUAUGUUUCUCUCUCCAAGUACCGUGAGCAUGGAACGCGCCCAGGCACGAUGCUGCGCAAAUCAGCGGGCGACUACAACUACCCAAUGACACCUCAGGACUCGCCUGACAGGAGGCGGGUGGUGUCGGCGCCCAGCACGCAGAUGGAGUACACCGGCGAGGCUCUACGCUGGACCCAUGAGAACUACGUCUUCCAUGCCGUGCCAACCCCAGGACACCGCUACGCCGCAGGCACAGGGCAUCCGGCUAGCCUCGCCCGCACUGUUCUGCAUGGAUCUCGUGGCCUCAUGGACCUGGCAGAUUUCAGCCACCUGCUGGGCAAGGGAGGCAGCGAGCGUGCUCCUUCAGGCCAGUGAAGAAAACAGAAAAGAAAAGAUCUGCAAAAAAAAAAGAAGGAAGCGGUGAAGGAGAAAACGUGCAGAGCGUAAAGCUUCAGAGCUACUGCAGUGCCAGCAGGAUCUGGCCAACAUCUUUCUGUUCUUCUCCAUUUUUCUUGCUGUCUCUCUCUCCCCUCUCUUUCAGAGCUCCUUUCUGUUCUUGUCUGGAUCCCUGUCAUGCUAUGAUCAAUCACUGAAAAUGGAAAUGGCCUCCUCUCUGCCUCGUAGCUGAAGUUCCUGCAGAGGAGUGCAAGCUAACACACGCACACACACACACACACACACACACACACAUGCAUACAGCUUCCUCAGUCCACCCUUGCAGUUGUGUGUUAACACACACCGCAGGUCCUUCAUCAAGCAAGAGUACAGCAACAAACUGCAGCAUUUGUGACUGCAGCAGUGCUAAUGACGUCCAUAUCUAUUCCCAAGCACACACACUCUCUCUCUUUCUCUCUCGCUCAUCAUUUAGAGAAUGUGCUGGCGUGUUCUCGUUCACUGGGGAUUUCUGAGCUGCUGGUUGUAAUAAAACAUUUUCAGCGAGGGUCGGCAGAGACAGCGCGGAGGCAUCGAUUCCCGCUGCAGUCUAGCCGUGGUGUAUACCUCAGCCUAUCCCAUUUUCUGUGGUUUUAUAAAUUGCUUUUUGUUUUACAGUGUUGAACUCACUUAAGUAGCAUCACCGCUCCUGACCCACGAUGCAGUGCCACACAUCAGCAGUAUUCACGCUGGCAGGACAUAUAGAAUAAGACAGGAGCAAUGGAUCUCCUUGACUGCACAUGCAAGCGGGCUUGUUUUCAGAGCGGAAAAUACGGGAGAGAGGAUGAGCACGGUUCAUCCGCUAACUCAGAUUUUCUGUGAGGCUAUGCUACAGAGGGACAGCGCGAGAAAGAGAGAGCAAGGAAGACAGAGCGAGAUGACACACAGAGAGUGGUAAAAAUGGAAGUGCAGAAUUUAAAGCAAUUCUUCUCAAGCAGAGGAAAGAAACCCUCUGAAAGUGAAUGAGGUGUUUGAACUCCCAAAUGUGUUACGUUUUUUUUUGUGUACAGUUGUACAGUGAAUUACCUGCUCUGAACUGGACUGUGGACAGAAACAAAACCGUCCUAAAGAAAAAGCAGUGCUGACCUUCAACUGAAUGUUCAUAUGGACACUAUAUAGACUACAUAGACAUAUUUGCUGUGCAGAGUUUAGCUAAGCAGCUGAGAGAAGGCGAGACACAAAAUUAAACUCUCUUCAUCUCAAGGGAAGAGAGGGACAAGGAAGCGACGGCGCUGAGAAAAAUUGUGCCAAAUGAGCACCGCUGAUUGGAUUAACCGGCACUAGAUGUCAUUAAAUAUUGAGUGUUCCAGAGACUCUUCAGCCUGUACUGUAUUAUAACCCAUUUUGUUGGUUGCUUUGUUACGUGUUUGUCUCAUUAAUAGGAUCUGUAUUUCGGUUCAUCAUAAGAAGACACGUGUUUAAAGAAAACGUCAAAAUUGACGUCUCAGAUUUGAAAAGUUAGUCGCAUAUGUAUGUAUGCUUCAUCCGCAUGGGAGCAGAAAGGAGGCAUUGCGUGUUAGAUAAGACUACAGAGUUAAAGAAACAUUAACGGGAUAAUCCAAAAUUUUUCAACCUAAUAUAUAUAUAUAUAUAUAUAUAUAUAUAUA